CCGAUCGAUACACGUAAUACAUGUAGGUGUUGUUAUUUAUCUUGGUGCUGUCAUAAGCAUACGGGGUCGUAGACUGUGACGCUGCGCACUAGCCUGUUAUACUUGUGGUUAGGCGCGGUUGAGCAGGUUUUAACAUAUUGCAUGUUAAAAUGCUACUAAGAAUUGGUUAGUACCAGAGCUGAUAGGUACUGCAUGAGGGAAAAUGGACUUAUAGCGCUGCAUAACUCUCCAAGCUUUGACCACAAAUCCAACUUACUCAUAGGUGUAAGUCAUUUCUACCUCUGUGGAAAGGAAAUUGAACAUAAUAUGAAGGCGGGGACAGGCAGCGGACGGAACAGGGACGCUGGUCGAGGCCAGCAAGCCUAAGCCAGUACACUAGACGAUGACAUGGGUCGCCGGUUUGUUGCACCCCAAUAUGUGCUUCUGCUGGUCGCUCUAACAUGGCUUGCAGGGAGCUUCUGCGUCGCUGGAGGCUCCGGGGCGCCACCGCCUCAGGCACAUGCACCGCGACCGCCUCCCCAGCCUCCAUCGCCUGACUCGCAGCGCCAAGCCAUACCCCUAUCACUCCUGGAUGUGACAGCCCGGGCUUCCAUAUGUGCUGUAUCCGAGGGCGGCGACUGCGUUGGGCAACUCGGAUGGGUCAUUGACCUUGAGCCAUUCCCGCUUUCCAAUGCUGCAACAGCGUCGGCGACGGGCCUUCGCUGCAUCGGAAACGGCACUCUCGGCUGCAGAUGGCCCAGUAUAUCGACCUACUUGGCGAAUUUAGAACCAGACACGUACAUCUACCGCCCCUUUCAACUGCUGCUGCAACCGCAAGACAUGUCACAGGCCUUCCAGAUGGGUCACACGGUGGCAGCGGCCAGCAUCUUCCGCCAACUGGAGGUCCUCAGCAUCACCUGCUCCGACCCCAUCCCGGUCUACGCACCCUACCUCCUAGAACCCCUGGUUAUGGCCUUCUCAGCCGCCGGCAUGGAUCCCGGCACCAACGUAACCAUCACAACCAUUACCACAACGACCACCAACAACGGACAGCCGCCGCCAGCGGCUGCAGCCUCCCCGCACCCUCCUUCGCCGCACCCCGCAAACGCACCACCGCCCAACCAGCCCGCGCAACCGUCACCGCCUGCUCCAUCCCCGGCGCCUCCGUCACCACCGCAGAUCCCGGCGAUCCUAUGGAACUUCCCACCGCCUCCCAGCAAUGCCUCUUCCAACAGCAGCAAAAACUCCUCCGGUGCCAUGUCCUCCUUCUCCCGCCUGUACUCCCAGCCCUGGGGUAACUCCUCACAGCUAAAGCGGUUGGUCAUCAACCGCUGCAACCUAACGGGCAUGCUGCCGCCCAUGUCAACAUGGCUGCAGUUGCCUAAUCUGGAGCACCUAGACCUCUCCUCCAAUCAGCUGUCAGGCUCGCUGCCGGCCUCCUUUGGGCCCUCGCCUCCGCUGUCGUACAUUAACCUCUCACAUAACCGAAUUACCGGCCCGCUAACGGACAAUUUUGAACGGUACGGCGGUUGUGGUCGAAUCCUUGACCUGAGCUACAAUGACAUUCGCGGAGAUCUUCCUGACAGUUGGCUGUCUAGCGCCUGUUCCAUAACGCCUGCAUCAGUCGACUGGUCUGCCAUUACGGCGGCGACUGGGCGGCGGCGUCUGUUGGGUGAUGCUGACGAGUCCUUGGGCGCAACUGGCAGCGGUGUCGGCAGUCUUGGGACCGGCGGAUUUGCUGGUGCAGUAGCGGCGCUAGGUGCUGCUUCGCUCCGGGCGGUAACGGCUUUAGGAGGCGGUGGCAGCAAGGAAGGACCGCCCUCCCUCACCGCAAAAACGCAGGACAGCAGCAGCAGCAACUCUAGCAGCAGCAGUAGCACUCCCUCUGGAUCCACAACUACGACGACGGUUGUCAUAACCACCGCAAUCAGCGGCGCCUACGCUUUCUGGCUGUCGUACCCUACAUCAUACAUUUACGGCAGUGACGGUUGUUCGUUGACGGGUAUCGCAUGGAACCGUGAGCAGGCACAGCGCGUCCGCAAUGUUACCAGCGGACCAGACGGCACGCCGUACGGUUUUACCGUACUAUUGUACGGCAAUCCACAUCUCAUGACACCCGGUGGCGCCUCCGCCGGUUACGCUGUUGCCGUACGGCCGCAACUGCAUUUCGGCAUCCGCGAAAACGCAUGUACGACAUUCCAACCGCUACCGGAACUGCUAUGGCUCUGGGGUUCCUUCGGCGCAUGUGCGGUGUCUGCGCUGGUGGCGGCGGCGGUGCAUGGCUUACUCAUGUUGCGUUGGACCAGCCGGAAGGUCGUUCCGUUGAACACGGUUACGAAGAAAGCGUCGAACAACUCCACGGCCAGUCGCAGCAGCAGCAGCAGAGCGGCCAGCAGGGUGCCCAGCGGCUCUGCUGCGACCACGUCAGCUCAGAAGGCGCCUCCCAGUCGCAUGUCCACGCAAACGAGUGGAGGGGUGGGAGGUGGGGGUGCCAGUGGUGGCGGUGCCGGUGCUGCUGGUGCCACUGUGGCAGCUGCACCGGCGGGAAGAGCGGCAGGCGGCGGCAGCAGCAGCGGAGGAGGAGCAGGAGGAGGUGAGGGAGCUGGUGGUCUGGAGUCAGGGGAGAGGCGGUCAGGAAGGGGAGACAGGUCUGAGGGCGUGGUAGCCAGUGGGAGCAGCAGGAGCAACAGCGGCGGCGGUGGAGGCAGCAGCAGCAAGGAUGCGGGACCUGCUGCGAGUGCCGGCGGUGGUGGUGCUAGUAGUGGUGGUGGUGGCGGCGGCUUCCCGCGAGGGGGUGCCCUGGAGGUGCGGAUUCCGGAUGAGGGAGCGGCCGGCGGCAGGGAGGGCAGCGGAGGCGGAGCGAGCGAGGAGGACCGCUAUACAACUGGUAUACCAACGCCCUCCACCAUACCCGCCGCUCACGCCCUCGCUUCGUCCCGAAGCAUGGCCCGAAUCAUCAUUGUAGCCCACGCUCGAGCUUACUCGCGCCGUGCGGCCCGACGUCUAAGCCUUAUCGGAUCCCAUGUGACUAAUGCAGUCUCAACAGCUGUCCAUUGGCUGUUCUUCGGUAUCCCGUGGAUGCCGCUCGUACGAGCAACCGUUGCGGUUGCCGUACACAUCAGUGCAGCGGGGCUUACAUACGCCAUGUCACGCCCACAACGUGUGUCGUACUGCAAGGACGUCAUCUCCUGUUUGUCGUACUUGUACAUCAUACCGUUGGUACUGCCGUUGAUCGCGCUUGGUACGACACUCUUCCUCAUGCGGGCUGUACGGCAAUUGGCGGAGACCAUGUCUAAACAAGCGCAAGCAGCGGCCACGGCAGCUGCGACUGGCAGCGUUAAUAAUAACGGCGGUAACAACCCCAGUAGUGUCGUACAGACAGGCUGUACGACCUCCCCGUCGUGCAACACCGCCACUCCCUCACCCAGCGCAUCCACAGAAGAGGACUCGUUGGUUUCCGGCUGCUGCGAUAGUGUUGGCGCCCAAACAGCCACCACUGUCCGGCGCGGAGAAGCAAACCUUCCCAGCAGCGACAGCAGCCCUACCGUCGUCAGCAACAGCACCAGCGGCGGCGGCAACCCGCCACCGCCAUCAUCCGCACCAGCACCAGCAGCACCAGGGCCCGUCAGCAACUCCAGCCCCAGCCCGAACCGAGCAGGCGAGCCGGAGCGUUGGGUCAGCGGACUUCAAAAGGUUCGCACCGGCGCGGAAAGCCCCGUCCCGCUAAUGAUCAGCCGCCUGCCCUCCUCACCCUCCCAGCCGACCGCCGCCCUAGCCGCCUCGCCCCAUGCCAAUCUGGCAUCAACCAUUGGCGUCUUGCUAGCAUCCCCAGCCGCGCGCGCAGGGCCCGGCAGUUCCGCUAGCGGCGGCUGCAGCGGCAGUCGCGGAGGCAGCCGUAACGCCAGCGUCAGCAACAGCCACAACGGCAGCCCUCGUACGACGCCGCCGCCGUCAGCGGCCAUGCCGCCGUCAGCAGCGGGCUCGCCGACGUUGCCCCGAAGCCAGGCGAGCAGUCCCGGCUCCCCAGGAAGAGGAGGAGGCGUUGUACGGAAAGCGGCAUCGGCGAUGACGGGUACCGGCAGUUGGGCUCCGUCGCCACUGGGUGCGAAUGCGAGCCGAGGUAACGGCUACUCGUCUCCCAGCCGUAGCAGCGGUGGCGGUGGUGGUGGUGGUCGUGCGGUAGAGGAAGGCAGUUCCGCUGGCGGUGGCGGUGCCAACGCUGUUGCAGCUCGCACCAGCACGCCCAUUCAGAGCAGCAGUGGAAGAGAUACGGCGGGAGGUACCUCCGGUGCUACCCCGACUACCUCGGGAGCUGCGGGCGCUGCAGAGGGACAGCAAGGCUCUAAGGCGGGCCCGGUGGCGGAGGCGGUGGAGGAGCAGCAGCAGCGGGAGGCGGCUGCAGCGGCGCUGGUGAUGGAGGAGGCGGAGGCGAGGGGCGGUGGUGGCCGCUUGGGUCAUAGCCUGGGUGUGGCUGCCGCUUGGGGCCUUCUGGCUGCACGCGGUGGUAGGGGCGGCUUGCAUGACGGACAGGGCCGAUCGCUCUGGGAGCCGCCAUCCGAUCCUUCAUCCCAAGAAGCAUCCCCGGAAGUCGAGUUUGACUUGCCUGGGGCUCUACCUGGCCCAGCACACUUCAACACCUCUUCAAAGCCGCGGCAUGCCAACGGUUUGAAUACAGCUCCAUGGACACGCGGACUCGGACACUUCAAUCCCAUGCAGCAAACCUGCAGAGCGGCCUCUGUCACCGCCACCUCGGCAACUGCGCGCCAGAGGGCCAAUCAGGCCCCACACUGCCUACGCACUUUGGCAGCAGCAGCGAAGAGUGCAGCGGGCCCCGAGCCCGGGCCGGUUGGAGAGUCUGCGUACAGCGGGGAUGUUGCCAGCGCUGAUCCCUCCUCCAUCGCACUCGCGACAGAUAGCAGGUCCGAACACCCAACACUUCCCGGACGUGGCCCCAGUCCCCUGGAUCCAAGCAUCAUGGGCGCAAGCGUGGGAUCCGCCAUGCAAUCUCACCCCGCACAAUCCUCAUUACCUUCGGCAUUCGGUGGACCCAUGGGUCUUCCGGUGAUGAGUGAAGCAGGAGCACCAGACGCCUCCGUGGGACCCACACCGGCAGCAGCACCUCCGGCAGUAGCACCGCUGUUGCCGCCGCCGGGCCGUGCACUGGUGCACUCGGUCUCCGCAGCAUCCCCGACGGCCCAUGGGUCACGUGGGGUCCGCUUCCACAGCGCUUUGGAGCGCUCUGCCGGUGGCGCCGAAGCGGAUGGGGAUGCCGGAACUGCUGUCCCGGCUGGCCUUGCUGGCGCUCCGCAGCUCCCUGCUGCGCUACCCCCGCAUGGUUCCGCUGCUGCGACUCCCGCAGCAUUGCAGGCCAGGUUUACGGCAGCAUUGGUCGCAGCAGGUGAAAGCAGCGGUGCCCCGCCCGUGUCGGCCGGCGCGCCGCGGGCCCUGCCGAUGUGGGACGGCCAGCCGCCGGCUUCGCGGCCGCACUCCGGUUCCCGACCGCCAUCAUCUAAUAGCGGCAAUCGCUCGCUGCGCGCUGCUGCACCAACCGGUGCAUAUGCAGCGACCGCGGGCGCGCCCGGCUACUCCGCACUGCCUUCUCGGCAAGCCUCCUCGUCCGCUGCGCUGAAAGCGAAUGGCGGCAGCAGCGUCACUGGAGGAGGAGGGCCGGCUGUGGGCGCCAGCGCGGACUCCUUCGCAGCUACUACCAGCGUCACAAGCCGCAUGCGCAGCAACAACGCAUGGGUGGAGAACCAGCUUAACGUUCUGGCCGCACUCAAUGCGAUGACUGCGUCGGGAGGGCGACCCAUGGGUCUGCCAGCGGAGCCCUCCUUAGCCCAGACCGCUUCACCAGGACCCAAAAUGCCGUCUGCGGCAGCAGCGGCGGCGGUGGCAGCGUCGGAUUCUACACCUUCCCGAACAAUCGGUAACGUUACCGUACUGGGAGAGGCUGCUCGUACAUUAAACCCAACCGCCUCUAGGCAAACCCGCAGCAACACAGGCGGGAGCGGGGAGGGCAGCAUGGGCGCAGGAGGUGCCGGCGGCGGCGGCAGCAGGGGACCGCCCUCGGGCCGCAUGCCGGCGUUACGCCCUGCCGCUUUGCUCGUGGUAAACAAGUACCUGCGGGACUACAGCCUGGGCAAGCCUGGUUUGGACUGGAGGGGUCGCUGCCGUCACAUAGCCUCGAGCUGUGGUGCCGUACUGUUGUGGAGCAUUGCGGCGGCGCCACUGGUGGGCCUGCUGGCGCUGCCGACGGCGCUAGCGAUUGCCGUACACAGUGCAUAUCGUUGGAGCUGCACCUGCAUUGCGGCCAUGCGUCGAGCCUUGGCGUCGGUGCGCGGAUGGUGGCAGAGGCGGAGGCUUGGUGGCGCCGCCAUGCCUAACGGCAGCAGCACCGCAGGCGGCAACAGCAGCAGCAGCAGCUCUUUGGAGCGCCGUAUGGCAUCCAUCCGGCUGGCUGCGGGGCUGUUCCUCGGGCUUCACUCCCACGUGGGUGCAUGGGUGAUGUGCGUGCCGUUGGCGGUGUUUGCGGGGUCAUGCUACGGCAUGGGGUACCGGUGGGGCGUGGAUGCCGUACCCUACCCGUGGGUGUUCCUGGCAUGCAACGCGGCCUGCUUGUGCGGCACAUUGCUGCUGCUGGUGGAUCUGUUGUUUGAACUGCCUGCAUGGGAGGAAGGCGUGUGUAGGUACCCGUAUGCGAUGGCCAUGCGAGCUGCAGCGGAAGUUGCGGGGGCGCGGGCGGCGGUGUCGCGGGAUGGGGGUGCGGGCGGGGGAGCGGCUGGAAAUGGAAGCGGGAACGGAGAGAGGCAAAAGGCUGAUGUUGGGGCUGCUGCAGCUGCUGCUGCUACUCCUGCUGCCAGUGAGGCUCUGACUGUGGAUGUGGGGAAUACUGGUGGAAACCAGCUGGGUAUCAGGCCUGGCGGUGAUAGAUGAGGGCACGAAUGGUGGAGGGAAAGAAGAAGAAAUACCAUGCCGUGUGAACGGUGGAGGGAGGAUACUGUUAAACAGCUUUUGCUUGGAUGAGAGAUGAGCGCUGCGUAUUGCUAUGGUGCAGCAACGGUGCCUCGGCGGCGGUGAUUGAGGAUGUACUGCAACAGGGGUACAUUUACGAUUGCAGACUGCGUUUAACGUGUUAGGUGUAUAUAUUUCAGGGAUUAGGCAUAUGUUGCACGUAGGCGUAAGCUGCUGUAGCUUACACAUAGAAUGGGUAAUCUUCAUGCUUGCGGCAAUCAUUUCAAAUAUCCACAACUGUCCUUGUUGCACUGUCAUAUGCCAUGAGGACUACUGUCAGCUCCAUGGCAUUACGUUCAAGAGUCAUCCAAUAGCGCUGGGGUAGAAUGAGUGUUGCUUUCGCGGAGAUUGGUUAGACGUUACAUGACUCUGCUGCGCAUGCUUCCCGUGGCAGGCGCGUCUGUCGUGUGCAAGAGGACGUACUGCGAUUUUCGUGCAAUGUUUGCGGCGGUUUUGCAGUUAGUGAUUGCAGUUAGUUAGGGGGGUUGCGGAUUCCCCAUGCGGAUCCCUGCGUUUGUAUAUGGUGUAUCAGUUCUGUACUUCUGUUGGGUGGUGUUGACGUUCGGAACGUGGAGAAGGGCUGUGAGCAGGUACCGUUGCUUGGAAGCACGAACUCUUCACGUGUGAAGAUUUCCUCCUUGAUGACAUCUGUUUGAAGACCUGCGAAGACCAUUGCGGAUGGGGCUUGAUGCAAUUCCGCAACUCCAGGAAUGCGAGGUUUGUGACUGUUGGCUUAUUCUUGGCUUUCAAUGAGAAUGAUAGGAGGGAGGCUCGACUGUACCACUGUACGGAACGACCCCAAUUUAGGAUAGAACCUAGAAUGGAUGGCUCAUGCUUGUAGGCAUUGUUGAUAUCAUGCCACCGUCUUGCGUAUAGGUCUGCCGUACAGAUUGGUGGUGCUUCAGCAUUCCUUACGUGCCUUUGUCCUUUGCCAUUGAUUGACACAGCCGCCGUAUCGUGUCCGAACCCCACGGAUGGUCCCCAUGCGUGGCUCGAAACUGCCCCCGUGCGCACGUAGAUGGACAUGUUCCUUAAGAGAUGUACCCUUCGAUUGAUGACACCUAACAAGCAAUCCGCCAUCCUGCCUCCUGUAACGCGUAAUCAAUUUG